AUGGCACGUCCAUCGCAAGGUUGGUGGCUAAAACUAGCCAAUAUACUUGGCUUUUUGCUAUUUACGGCAUCGAGUCUUUAUACGAAGUUUACCGAUAAGGACCGUGUAGGUGCGCCUGUGGACACAUACUUGAGCCCCGCGCCAUGGUUUUUUGACACAUGGUACUGCAUCAAUGCAUUGUUUUUUGGCAUGGUCAUGUACCAAUAUUCUCCAAGUGGUAGCACAAUUAUUGUUGAAGUGCUUGGCUGGAAAGUACCUUUUUUAUUUGUGCUAAACGCGCUGUGUGGCACAGGCUACGCGUUCCACAAGGUACACCUAUUUCGUCUGCUUGCGUUUGCCGUGCUGUGUCUUUGUGCGGUAAUUGUGAGCGAACUAUAUGGGUCAUUAAGGACAGGGCCGGAGCCUGUGACAUGGCUCGAUGCGCUCCUGAUCCGCGUGCCGUUGUCCAUGUAUCACGCAUUCAUCACCGUCAUAUUUUUCUCUGCUGCGCUUGGCGUGAUUGGCGCGGAUACGAGUAACAACGCUGGAAUUCUGACCAAGCUGUUUGUACUUGUGGUUUUAUUUUUUCUACAGAGCGCAGCUGCGGCAUACGUGUUCUUUGGAAACGUCGACGUUGUCGGCGCGUUUGUUAUCUCCCUGGGCAUUUUUGCGAUUUUCCAGCAUCAGAAGGGCUCCACCUUUAUCCGCUGGUCCGCAUUCGUGCUCCAGGGAACGUCACAAGCAUUGCUCGCUCAGCGCGACGCGCCCAACGGCACGGACGAAGAAGCGACUCCGCUAGUCCAGUGA